AUGACCACAAACGGAGCUGCAACAAGGAAUUUAGGAAUGAGCAAGCGGCAGAAGUUCGACCACCAAGUAAUGGGAAAUGGACAGAUUGCUUUCAGCGACGGGAAGCGCAGUUUGCGAGGCGGGAGUCCUCUCAGAAUUGGUGGUGCUUCAGGAGGCUUCACAGAUCGCCAGCGAUCUAUUCUUUCGUUUGCUCGUGACGGCGAUGUCGAUGUGAUUGUGGGCGACUGGAUGAGUGAAAUGACAAUGGAGUGGCACGGAGUCGCAAAGAAAGAAGACCUUGCAAAAGGUGCCGACAAUCGCACUGGCAUGUUUGAUCCGAGCUUUAUGGGGACGUUAAAGCCGGCUCUGCCUUAUCUGCAAGAGCGAUCAGUUAAAGUUGCUGUGAAUGCAGGUGCGAGCGACGCGGAGAUGCUGGCCAGCUUGGUUCAGUUGGCUGUUGACGAGCAAGGGCUGAGAUUGAAGGUGGCAUGGAUCCAGGGCGAUGAGGUUUUUGACGUUGUUCAACGCCUACUAAAGCAAGGAGAGAAAUUCGAGAACAUCUGCUUUGGGGGGAACUUGGAAGACUGGCCAUUCGAGCCUCUGACUGCGCAAUGUUACCUUGGUGGUGCCGGUAUCGCAGAGGCAUUCAAGUACGGUGCGGACAUUGUCAUCUGUGGUCGUGUAUCGGACGCUGCUCCCAUUAUUGGUGCUGCAAUGUGGUGGCAUGAAUGGGACCGAAAUACCCAAUACGACGAAAUUGCCGGAGCCUUGGUUGCUGGUCAUCUGAUUGAAUGCUCAACCUACGUUUGUGGCGGGUACUACAGCCGCUUCAAAGAUUUGUUCGACGGAUGUGAGGAUAUCGGGUUUCCUAUCGCAUCAAUCAAUGCGGAUGGCACAUUUGUCCUCGAGAAAGAGCCUGACACUGGGGGUGAAAUGUCUGUAGGAACGGCGACUUCGCAACUCCUUUAUGAGAUCCAGGGACCGCAAUACUAUGGAUCCGACGUUGUCGCCAUACUAGAAGGGAUUGAAAUGAUGCAAUUGGCCAAGGAUCAGGUUCUUGUUCGAGGUGUCAAAGGCAAUCCGCCUCCCACCACGACUAAGGUCGGAAUCACGGCUCGUGGUGGUUAUCAGGCCGAGUUCCACUAUUAUCUUUGUGGUCUGGAUCUGAAGCAAAAGGCGGAAUGGACGGAGCGGCAGAUCCGUCAGUCGAUCGGUACAGAGGUUGAAAAAUAUUCCCUGCUCAAGUUCAGCUUGAACGGAUGGAGCCAGGAGGAUCCAGAGAAUCAAGAUGUCGCAACUGUCGACUUCAGAAUAUUGGUGCAAACCAAGGACAAGUCAGUGAUCGGCUCGGGCAACAUGAUCGGCUUCCAAAGGGCCUGCAUGGAAAACUUCUUGGGCAGCUGCCCAGGUGCAUCGAUAGAAAACGACCUUCGACAAUCAGCGCCCAAGGAGUUCUUCGAGUACUGGGCGGCUCUGUUGCCACAGUCAGAAGUCAAGCAUAGCGUCGAGUUACCUUGGCUGCAGCAAUCGAUUCCCGUACCCCCGGCGAUGUCCUGUAAAGACUAUGGCAAGACUUACAACACUCGGCAAUGGAGCUAUGAGACCCUGGCACCCGUGGCCUUGGAGUCAUUUGGGCCAACGACAAGAGGGCCUCUUGGAUGGGUGGUUAUGGGUCGGUCAGGAGACAAGGCUUCAGAUUGCAAUGUGGGAUUCUUCGUGCGGCACGAAGACGAAUGGGACUGGCUGAGGUCGCUGAUGACAAUCCCAAAAAUGAAACAGCUGCUUGGUCCUGAGUACAACGGCAAGGAUGUUGACCGCUUCGAGAUCCCAAAGAUUCGAGCGGUUCAUUUCAUGCUGCAUGAUCAUCUUGACAGGAGUUGGGGAGCCACCAGUACGUACGACGGUCUAGGGAAGAAUCUUUGUGAAUACAUCCGUGCUAAGUGGGUGGAUAUCCCAAAUGUAUUCUUACGAAGAGGGCGAAUAUGA